AUGUUGAUGUGCCUGGGCUCGGUCAAAUUCGUCCAAGUCGCGGGGGGCUAUGGCGGAUCAAAACCCGGCUUGUUCGCCGCUUCAACCAGUCCACCAGGACGACGACGACGACGAGAGCUUGACGGUGGUGACGCCGCCUCCCCACCCACUGGACGUACCGUGCCAUCACAUGGCGGGGAUCUCGACCGUGUCGACGGACUUUCUAGACAACUUUUGUCCACAAGAGUCAUCUUCCGUGUGGUCGUCGCGGGGGCUCGCGACGCAUCGUCCGUCGCUGUUUCGGUUCACCCAGGAGGCGUUCCAAGUCGACAAAACCAACGUCUGGCUCGCUGGCUGGCUUAUGCUCGACCGCAAGUAAGAAAUAUACCUCGUGUGCGUGGCGGACCUGCCGCAUGUGCUCGUCAACAUGUCGAGUGGCGCUGCCUGCGUCGUCAAAGUGUACUGCAGCCCGUGUACACGGAGAGAAAUGUGCGGGUGAUGGACCCCAAGGUAGUCUUGCUGCCGUCGUGGCGGUGCUUUUGGCGGUUGAAUGUUGAGAUGGUGUGGGUGAAGAAGCAAGUGGGCGAUUGA